GGCCAAAGGCACAAAAAAAGUUGCUCGCGCACCUCGGAGCCGCGAAGAAGAAGAAGAGGAGGCGGAAGUAGGAAGUAGGAAGUAGGAAAUUGUUGUAAAGUCUUGUGCUUGACGAUGAUUUAACUCCACAAAAGGUGACGAACUGUCAGUCAUCAUGAAGACAAAUAAAUCCUACAAGCUCGUGCUGCACAAGAAAGGUUUUGGAGGCAGUGAUGAUGAGUUGGUGGUCAAUCCCAAAGUUUUUCCCCAAGUCUGUCUUGGGGAUAUCGUGGAAAUUGCACAUCCCACGGAUGAAUUCAGUCCCCUUUUGCUGCAAGUAAAGAGCCUGAAAGAAGACCUGCAGAAAGAGACGGUGAGCGUGGAUCAGACCGUGGCGCAGGCCUUCAGACUGCGUGCGUAUCAAGACGUCAUCGUUAACGUCGUUGACCCCAAGGAUGUAACCCUGGACUUGAUGGAACUGACUUUUAAGGACCAGUAUAUCGGCCGAGGAGAGAUGUGGAGACUAAAGAAGAGUUUGGUGAGCACUUGUGCCUACGUGUCGCAGAAAGUGGAUUUUGCCGGAGUCAGGUCCCAGGCCAGUGAAAUGUGGGUGAAGGGAGAGAAAGUGACGUGUGGAUACGUCAGUGAGGACACCAGGGUUGUGUUCAGAUCCACUUCAGCCAUGGUUUACAUCCUAAUCCAGAUGAGCUGUGAGAUGUGGGACUUUGACAUCUAUGGGGAUCUCUACUUUGAGAAGGCCGUCAAUGGUUUCCUCUCCGACCUUUUUGGCAAGUGGAAGGAGAAGAACUGCACUCACGAAGUCACCGUCGUGCUCUUUUCACGCACUUUCUACAGCGCCAAGUCAAUAGAGGACUUCCCUGAGUGUCUGAGAGCGUCCAUUCAGCAGGAUCACGAAGGACGCUUCUUUGAAGACUUCUACAGAGUUGUGGCCCAGAAUGAGAGGCGGGAGGAGUGGACGUCGUUACUUGUCACCGUAAAGAAGCUUUUUAUUCAGUAUCCUGUCCUGGUUCGGCUUAAAGAAGCAGAUGACUUUCCGCUUGGAUACAACUCAACUUCUGCCCAGGGGAACUACUUGGAAGCCAUCAACCUUUCCUUCAAUGUGUUUGACAAGCAUUACAUCAACCGUAACUUUGACCGCACCGGACAGAUGUCAGUCGUCAUCACGCCGGGGGUUGGAGUGUUCGAAGUAGACCGUCUGCUCAUGAUUCUGACCAAGCAACGCAUGAUUGACAACGGUAUCGGUGUUGACCUGGUGUGUAUGGGGGAGCAGCCGCUACACGCUGUGCCUCUCUUUAAGUUGCACAACAGAUCCACACCUGACACCAGUCUGGGGAACGACUACAACCUUCCUCACUGGGUCAACCACAGCUUUUACACCUCCAAAAGUCAGAAUUCAUGUAGCACCUUCAUACCACGAAUCAAACUGGCUUGUCAUAAGCGUCAGGCUGAAAAACUGAAGAAGGGCACGGAACAGGCGUUGUGUGUGCAAAAGGAGUGUGACAACAGCCUGCCGAUACAGGUGGACUACGACGCCUAUGACUCUCAGGUCUUCAGACUGCCCGGGCCGUCCCUCAUUCAGAGGAUUCCCAAUUGUCGGUUGGCUCGAGGUAAAGAGAGGAGUGGGAAGAAGAGUUCUGGAUCAGUGGACAUCAGCACAGGCGUAUCUCCCCCUGUGGGCCUCAGUGCCGCUGACGAACUACACAGUCUAACUUCAGAUGAUAGUCUGGGCCCCGUGUCCAACAUGUUGGGGAUACCCCGCAUGCCCCUGACCCAGUAUGAAGUCAGCAGUUCUCUGGGAUAUACGUGCGCCAGAGAAAUGUUGGAGAAGACCAUGGACUUCCAGCGAGACUCCAGCGCCCCGGCCAGGUUCACCGUGGGCAGUGCCGAGUCCACCCUGUACAUACGCCCCGGAGGGUACACACCCCAAAGAGCGCUCAUCAAUCCCUUCACGCCCACCAGGAUGCCCAUGAAGCUCACAUCCAACCGUCGGCGUUGGAUGCACACGUUCCCUGUCGGUCCCACCGGAGAAGCCAUUCAAAUCCACCACCAGACCAGACAAAAUAUAGUUGACUUGCAGGUGAGCCAACAUGGAGACCCUGGCCACACCUCGGCUGAGCUGCUGGAACUGGCCUAUCACGAAGCCACAGGGAGGCAAAGCAGCUUUCUGCAGGGAGACAAUAAUGUUCUUUACAUCAGCGGAGGGACACAAGAAUCCACCGAAAGCCUCGGAAACAAGAGCAACGGUACUUUAAGUGCUACUUCGUUUGAGGACUUCUGCCAAAGUGCUGCCAAUCCAAUGCCCAGCUUCUGCUGCACUGUGGGCGUGGACUGGAAGUCCCUGACCACUCCGGCGUGUUUGCCCCUCACCACCGACUACUUCCCCGACCGCCAAAUGCUGCAAAGCGACUACACGGAGGGAUGCUACGACUUGCUGCCACACAGCGAUCUGGACAGGCGGGAAGACGACUCUCCUGGGAUGACUGCCAACCAAGUAUUUGAAGAGUUUAUCUGUCAGAGGUUGAUGCAGGGCUACCAGAUCAUCGUCCAAAGCAACAAGAGGAAAUCACAACCCACAGUGACCACGCCCCUUGGCAGCAGUCCUUUGUACAGCAGAGGUUUGGUAUCGCUGCGUCGGGUGGAGGAAGAAGAGAGCGUUUACUGGCUCAGCAUGGGCCGAACCUUCCAUAAAGUCUGCCUGAAAGACAAGAUCAUCACCGUCACCCGCUACUUGCCAAAAUAUCCCUACGAGUCGGGUCACAUCCAGUACACCUACAGCCUGUGUCCCGCACAUCUGGAUGCUCACUUUGUGUCUUGCUGGGUGGAGUUUGCCCAUGAGAGACCGGAGGAAUAUAAGUGGAAUUACCUGGACCAGUACAUAUGCUCCAGUGGAUCCGAAGACUUCAGUUUGAUCGACUCGCUUAAGUUCUGGAGGACGAGGUUCCUCUUGCUUCCGGCGGGUGGCGCUCGACGCGUGGCCGACGGUGACGGCCACUGGGACGUGUACGGCGAUGGAGCCGCCGCCAAUGGCGAGUGGGUCCUGUUGGAUGGUUUCAUCCGCUUCUUGGAGGGACUCAACCGCAUUCGACGACGUCAUCGGUCUGACAGAAUCAUCAGACAGAAAGGCAAUCAAAUGAAGGCCAUCAACUCUCAUCUUUCCUAUCCUUCUGAGCACGUGACAACUCUGCAAGGCAAAAAAGGAACGUCGGCGCUGUCAGCUUUGCUGGAGAUGGAGCAGAACCAGAGAAGCUUGGAGGACCAGCAGCAGCAGCAGCAGCAGCAGAAGGCGAGGCCCCUCACGUCCAUUAUUGAAGUGUCCAGUGUGGUCACAGCAGAAAGUCCACGCAAGUUGCCUGCUGAACACGUUGAAGGUGUGGACAAGGGACUUCCAGCAGGACUGACAGCAGCUGCAGCACAAUCUGUGGGAGAGACUGCAUUAGACCCCAGUGGACAGUCUGCAGUGGACGACCUGUCUCUGUCCUCCUCCUCAACCCUGCUGGAGAUCCUGCAGGCCAUUAAACAUCCCACCACAGGUGUGCUGCUGCUGCCCGAGCAGAGAGGUCUGCCCCUCAACUGCUUCAUCAGUGCCGAGGUCAUCCACUGGCUGGUCACCAACGUGGAGGGUGUGGUCACACAGAGCAUGGGCGUCGACAUCAUGCAGAAAAUGCUGGACGAAGGUUUGGUGGCUCAUGCGUCUGGAGAUGCCAUGCGGACCUUUGUUUAUGGCUUCUACAUAUACAGGAUCGUGGCAGAUAAGGAGGCAGGUCAAACCUCACAGCCAGCGCCCGCCGUGCCUUGUGGUUGGUCCACUGCUGCCCUGGAAGACUUUGCCCUGUUCCAGAGGAAGUGGUUUGAGGUGGCCUUUGUGUUGGAGGACCAGCAAGCAUGUGACCUGCCGGCCUUCUUACUGCCUUGGCUGCCCAGUCGGCCCGCUUCCUACGCCAGCAGACACAGUUCCUUCAGUCGCAGCUUUGGUGGACGCAGCCAGUCUGCUGCAUUGCUAGCUGCCACAGUCCCGGAGCAGAAGACGGUCACAGUGGACGUGGACGCCAACAACCGGCGGGGCCGCACUGAGUGGUGCACGUGUUACUACAACGGCAACUUCUCCACCAACACCGCCUUCGAGGUCAAACUCCACUGGAUGGCCGUGACUGCAGCUGUGCUAUUUGAGAUGAUCCAAGGUUGGCACAGGAAAGCGGCCUCCUGUGGGUUCUUACUGGUCCCCGUGUUGGAGGGGCCCUUUGCGCUGACCUCCCACCUGUACGGGGACCCCCUGAGAGCCCAACUCUUCAUCCCUCUUCACAUCCACUGCCUGAUGAAGAACAACAGUGACAACUUGUUUGAAGGAUUUGAACCGGAGACCUACUGGGACAGGAUGCAGCUCUUCCAGGAGGCCAUCUUGUACAGGUUUGGCUUCGUACUUGACAAGUUUUCAGCGUCGGCCUUCAACUUCCCUUCGGAGAGCAGGUGUCAGUACAUCCACGUGACAGGCACGGUGCUGCUCCAGCUGCCUUACUCCAAAAGGAAGUAUGGCGGCGGGCAGCAGCGGCGGCGCAGGAACUCUGCUGCCACCUCCAGCGGUGGUGGUGAGGAGCAGCUGGGCUUCUACUGGGCUUACAACACCAUGCUGACCAAGGCCUGGAGGAGCGGCGUGCUGGCGGACGAGAAGUUGGCCGAGCGGCUGCUGAAGGACUUGACUGACUUCUGUGCCAAUAAGGACAAGAGGCUGCUCACCUUCUGGGACACCUGCAGGGAGAAGAUCAACAGCAGCGCCCCCUAGAUGCCUGCAGGAGGUUGGAGAAUACAAAAAGGGCGAGGGAGGAACGAGCGAGAGAGCAGCACGGAGGAGGAAACAACGGCCAGCAGACGAAAAGCGCGACAACCGAGAGAGGGAUGAUACAUCCCUGCCUAGGACACAAGCCUAGGACGCUGUAAAGUGUGCAGCAGACAUGCCAGGAGAGUGCACUGAAAAGUGAUGCCACCAAAGGGCCAGCUGACUAAAUGGUUAUUGAAACAAUAAAUCAAAGUCAAAACUG